AUGUCAAUGCAAUCAAUUUGCAACAGCGAGCCAGAGGGUGUGGACCUGGACAACUUGUUCGAGGGCUAUGUCGACACGGAUCUCCUAUGCCCUUUCAACAACUCAUCGUCUGCUCAAUCCAGCCCAGAUGAACUGGCGUGUCUCCUGGGGAUCGCUUCGUCGAAUGACAGUGACAUAUUCGGGGCUAAAUCUAUACUCAAUCGGGAAACAAAGACUGUUUGGCACAAGGCUCUCCAGGAGUGUGACCAGAGCUUCGCCUCACCAUGGUCCGAUUAUUCUGCCUCUCCCUCAUACGUUACUUCUCCUUCUGCUGCAGAAUAUCACAGCGACUCAGAGUCGUUGAGCUUUCCAGGAGUUAUUGGAUCAGUCGGAGAACAGUUGCGGUCCAUGUCCCAGCCUUGCACACCGCGACCCCACACAUUCCGUCGGUCACUCGAGAAGGCUGUAGCCUUUCAGAAUCAUAUGAAAUAUCGUGGUAUCAGGAAUUCAUCAAAGACGUUACCAACAAAGCCUUCUUCCAUAACGAUGCAGGCCUCUUAUUCCCGUCCUUAUACCCCGGAUCUUUGGAACAGCCAGGCGACCUCGGUAGACAUCGUUUCGAAAACUGGAUCUGAAGAGCCCGCUUCGCUUGCUACGCUAUCUGAGUUUUCCGAGCAUGAGAACAAAGACAGCCUUCUUGUCCAAGACUACAGUCAGGUGCAGACUCUUGGUCAUUCGCUACUGCCGACGAAUGACGAACAGUAUUUCUCACACUACCAAUCAACCACUUCAGCCUCCCUAGCAACGGAAGAAUCCAACACAAACCACCACAAUAGCAAUAUCGACCUCAGUUUUAGCCCUGGCAAUACGUCUAGUGCAGUCAUCUCAGCCUUGUUGACGCCACCGCCAUCCCUUCCACUAGCCAACAAGCCGUGGAUUCCCGACACAACACCCACACUAGGUUUUGACUUCUCAGCGUCACCCGACCUAGUCGACACCAGCGACACGGCUAGCUGGUGGAACAGCGAGUCUACUGCUACUACCUACUUCACAAGCCAAAACACAGAAUUCCACGGCCUAGGCAUAACCUGCGACCCCACCCCCUUCAACUACACCGCCCUCCCCGCGCACAUUCUUCCCUCCUCUUUCACAUCCCGUAUCCCCUCCCCAACCUCUCCACCCCGCAAAUCUCACUCCCACCCCCGCCCACGCACCCGACCCAAUACCUCACGCCCCCGCCGCUCCAGAACCUCCUCCUCGCACCCUUCUUCCCGCAUCACCGCAGCAAACACGGGCUUCGUCAACUUCACACCCGAAGACAGCAGGAAAAUCCUCACUGGCGUGGCGCCGAGCGGAAGCAGCAAGACGAAAGCACGGCGCGAGAGGGAGGCGGCGGAACGAAGGAGGAAGUUGAGUCAGGCAGCUAUGAAGGCGGUGUUGGAGGCGGGUGGGGAUGUUGAGAGGAUUAGGGGGUUGGAGGCUUUGGUUGUAUAG